GUUGAAAUGUACAACACAUAACGACGACGACAACGAAGAACUGGGCGAACGAGCAAUCCUCCGCCCGUCAGUCAGUCGGUCAACCAACCAACCGACAAAACCUGCAGAGGGCAGCAGCAUUUAUUAUUUUCUUCUACAUUUUAUACUCUUGUGCUCCCUAACUAAAACUGUGAAGUGUCGAUAUCCGAAGGCAAAGAGAAGGCCAUCGUCUUCUCCUAUUCGAGGCAAAAAAGGAAGAAAAACUCGCGCAUCGUGUGUGUCAAGUUCUUUUUUUGGUGUUCGAGUUUACGAAAGUUACGUGGAUUGUGGAAAAACCUUCCUUUCCUAUUGAGAGGUUAGCAAAAAAAAACAAAUAAGUGGCAAAACGGUUGGCAAGACGCAAAGGAGUACCUGAGUUGAUAGAAAAAAAACUGGCCGCGAUUAUGCGAUGGCCCUAGUGACCAUCCAGCGAUCGCCAAGUCUCGCAGGUUCAACACACAGUUCUAACUCGGACACAAGCAGUGCGGAUGAUGAAGAAAAUGCUAAACUAAACAGAAGUUUGAGUGAAUGCUACUUUGCCGGCAGAGGCACUGUUCUGAUGCUAGGAUCAAACGAGCGUCUUCGCGCUACAUGCGAGGACCAAACACAACAGCAGGCAAACAAUGGCACCACCACCAUCGCCCCAAACACCUCGACAGUUUCCUCCCAGCAGCAGCCACCUCGUGCAGCUAGCAGCAGCAACACGCGAACCGUCCGAUCCCGCUCGGAUAGUGCGGAUGAGCGGGAAUCGGUGGGCUCGUCCGGUUCCGCUUCCAGCAGUGCAUCGUCUUCGGUCUCGUCUGCCGGGAGUGAUAUCCAGCAGCACUUGCAGUCUAUGUUCUAUCUGCUGCGUCCGGAGGAAACGCUCAAGAUGGCCGUCAAGCUCGAAUCGCUCCGCGCUGGUCGCACCCGCUAUCUGGUCGUGGUGUCCCGCCCACCGGCCAGACGCAGACGUCAACAGCCACAGCAUCCGCUGCUAUCCUCUUCCUCGCUGGCGUCCGCUAGUUCAUCCUCGUGCGUUUCGCCAGCGCCUCCCGCCGCUGGUGUGCCCAUCAGCAAGCAAAUCACUUCUGCCUCUCUCUACAAGGCCGCAUCGCCUUCAUCCAGUACAAGCAUUAUCGCAAGCUGCUGCGGCGACGAAACCUUUGUAUCUAGCCUAGACAACUGUGUUCUUAGUGCUUCUUCGAAGAAUAUUACGCCUUUGGCUUCGGCUUCGGCUUCGGCUUUUGUUAAUACUGCUAAUAAUAACAAAUGUGUCGAUAAAUGUGAUAGUAAUAGACCUAGUUCUAGUAGUAAUGUUUGUAGUAAUAGUAGUGUAAACAGUGGUAAGCCAACGGCUGGCAAAAGUGACGGCAACACCGUGAAGGUGUGUAGUACUGGUCUCAGUGGCUUCAUCAACGUGACGGGUAGUGGUACCGCGGGCAACGUCAGCAGACCCCUGAGCAGCUCCGCGGGUAGUGUUGGAAGUGGUUCCAGCAGCAGCUUAGGCAGCAGUACCAAGGCACCGAGUUGUGGCUCGAGUGGUGGCGGUGGCGGCGGGAGUUGUGCUGAGAUUGAGGAAUCCUGUCUGCUUGGAAUCGACUGCAAUGAAAAAACCACGGUUGGACUGGUAUUACGAGUGCUGGCCGAUACCGCGAUACGACUAGACGGAGAUGGUGGAUUCAGUGUGAGUUCUUGUGGACAGCAGCUCAUCUUCAAGCCGGUCUCUGUUCAAGCGAUGUGGUCAGCCCUGCAAACCCUGCACAAAGUAUCAUCAAAAGCCCGGGAGCACAACUUCUUCGCCGGGGGGUCGUCCCACGAGUGGGUUUCCUACUAUGAGCAGAACAUCGAUUCGGACCGGUCCUGUCUCAACGAGUGGCACACGAUGGAUGCGCUGGAAAGUCGCAGGCCUCCGUCACCGGAUUCCAUACGGAACAAGCCAACCGAGCGCGAGGAAACGGAACGUGUAAUACGCACAACGCUGAAGGAAAUCAUGAUGUCGGUCGAUCUGGACGUCGUCACGUCGAAGUUCAUCCGGGGUCGGCUCGAGGAGCAUCUGGAUAUGGAUCUCGGCGAGUACAAGUCUUUCAUUGACGAGGAGAUGUUGGUAAUUCUGGGUCAGAUGGAUGCCCCGACGGAAAUUUUUGACCAUGUGUAUCUAGGAUCCGAAUGGAAUGCCAGCAAUCUCGAGGAACUACAGCGGAAUGGCGUCCGCCACAUAUUGAACGUUACGCGGGAAAUUGACAACUUUUUCCCGGGAAUGUUUGACUACUUCAAUGUGCGGGUUUACGAUGACGAGAAAACGGAUCUGCUGAAACACUGGGACAACACGUUCAAGUACAUUUCCCGGGUGCGAAUGGAAGGCUCCAAGGUGCUGGUACACUGUAAGAUGGGAAUUUCCCGCUCGGCCUCGGUGGUGAUUGCGUACGCGAUGAAAGCAAACAACUGGGACUUUGACCAAGCGCUACGCCACGUGAAGCAGAAGCGGAACUGUAUCAAACCCAACAAAAAUUUCAUCAUGCAGCUGGAGACGUACCAGGGAAUGUUGGAUGCGAUGAAGAAUCGGGAGAAACUGCAGCGCAGCAAGAGCGAAACCAACCUGAAGAGUGGUAGUAGUAGUGCGAAGGACGGCCGGCUGUUGCCGGGAAGCGAACCUACUCCGCUGAUUCAGGCGUUGACCAGGGGCAACAAUGCGAACACGAUGAAUAAAUCCGGGAGGUUUUUGAGGAAGAUUGGAGAGCGACCUAAGAGUUGGUCUCCCGAUUCGGAGAAAGCGGUGAUAGUGUUGGAAACGAGUAGACAGCAGUCACACUCGUUGGAACAUUUGAUGGCACCGCAAAACGAGGCCAAAACUAUUCGAAUGCCAUGUGGGAACGGACAGAACUACAGCGUGUCGCAAAAUCAAAUAGUACACCUGCAGGAGGGGGGAAUGGGCGUUACGGAGGAAACAUCAGUGCCAUCAGAUUUAUUUGCUUCCUCAGUUCGUUCCAUUAUCAGCGAGUUGGAAUCCAACAAAGCCAAAGAGACCAGCAGCAAUCACAAGAGGAAAGGAUCUUCUUCCUCGGUGGCGUCGAUAGCACCGGAAGUGGACGAGACCAAGAAUGACCACCAGUGGGAUCCAGGGGAAUCAAAGUCUCCUCCUCCUCCUGCUCCGACGACGACGACGGCUUCUCAAAGUCAUGACUCAACAACGACACAGCCUGUUGUUUGCUGGACAAGUCAAAGUCAAGUCAUUCAGCAGGCUCUACCAAUUGUUGUGCAGCCCCAGCAGCAACAGCAGCAGCAUGUUUCCCGUCAGAGUUCCUGGUCUAGUGUUGAUUCCGCUGUCGUGGCGGAUAUGAUCCGUGGAACACUGUCAGUAUCGCGACAUUCGAGUUGGGGCUCAGGGGAAAAUCAGCAACAGCAGCAGCAGCAGGGACAAACGGCGCUGGCGCCACCCUCUCGAAACAGCAGCUGGAGUUCGUACGAUACGAGCAAUGUUGGCAGUAGUAGUAUCCAGACCGUAGUGGAAGUUCCUGGUAGCGCUAGCGCAAAAGGAACGGAGGAAGACUUGGGGCAGAGUGGGAUAUUUCCGUACGAUAAGGACGAAAUCCCGUGGCAUCCGGGGACAGUCAAGCGAACGAAACAAAAAAUCGAGGAACGGUCCUCAUCGACUUCGAUAAAACGCAUUUGUAGUGAAAAGUUUGGACAAAAACAUGCCAAGGGUAAAGACUGUCGGGGGAGCGUCCCUGGAGAUUGUUCCCAGCAGCGAUCGAAUAGCGAAGAGGUUUUACCAUCGACUCGCACCACAACGACGAUAGUUUCGACAACGUACGCAAGGCUGUCCGCUUCCGCCCCAGACUCCUACUGUCUGUGCCCUUUCGGUAGCAAACGGGUGGAAGACGAACAACCGACCACGCAAAGCCAUCAUCGACGGUUCAGUUUCCGGAAAACAGUCCCAGACGAGACAAAAGCGAACGAUGAGAACACAUCCAUCAGCGUCAGCGGUAUUGUGAAGAACCUCAAAAUGAGCUUCGAGGCCAAAGUGAACGAUCGAAGUAAAAAAGAGCAGAAGAAAGUUCGCUCGCUGCCAUCAUCUCCGGUUGCCAUACAUGUAGAAAUGAACAAACACCAGAGUCACGGACAAAAUCACGGUGGAAAACAGCACCAACAAUUACAACAACAACAGCAACAGCAAGAGGACAUUACUGUGCGAGAUCUGGUGGAUCGCUACGAAGCCCCACGGCUGCGGGCAUCAUUCAACACACAUCAUCGCCACAACAGUAGCAGCUCUGCGAGCAACAGCGAGCCGGUCAUCGUUCGGCAGCGACCCCGUUCCGUGUUCGAACCGCUUAAGUAUGCACAAAACCAACAGAAACCACUGAUUUCACAUUCAAACAGCCUCCUCAAAUCGUCGGAUGAUUUCAGCAGACCACCUCCGAUCCCACCGGCUGUUGUAAGCGGCGGCGGACCCUUCGUUCGUGGCAUAGUGAGUUUUGUUGGUAAUACAUCCUCGGGUAACAAUUCGGGUUCCAACGGUGGUUCUGGCCCGGGUGGUGGCGGGAGCGUGACGAAGAAAAUAAUCCAACACCACGGGAAAACACACCCGCUAGCCAAAAUAAAUCUGACCAAGCAUAGGAUUAAUGCAACCUCGACGGCGGCAGCUACGGCGUACAAUACGAUGUGAGGAAGUUGAUUCUUCAUUUCCUCUUUUGUGUUUUCCCCCGAAUUAUUUGUAUUACUCGAAAAAGGGUUGGAUUUUGGGCGACUUUUGCCUAGAAUAUUAUUCAACGGACACAAUACGGUCGGAAGCAUGUCAAGCAAAUCGUACACACGUUGGGAGAACCAUGAGGCUGCUGCGUUGGUCACGGUUUGCUAUUCUGUUUUUUCCCCAUUGUUUUUCCAACGAUUGCAAUAUAUGUGACAAAUAGUUUAGUGUGUGGUAGGCAUUCUUCGGAUAGGUCUGCUAGAGUGCCAGCAGAUUCCAGCGAAACGACCAGGUUCAGGCAUGCUUGGUUCGUAGACUCUCUUUUGCGCAAAAAGAAUUACGCUUCGCGAACAGCUCUUUUAUGUAUGUGUUUUUUUCUGUAUCCAAGUAGCAAUCGUUGAUAUCCUCCUUCAUCUACGAAUGAACAAAUGUUUAUCGACAAACACACAAUUUACUAACUUACUUAUAUUGCGUGUGUAUGUGUGUUUGUACUUCGUGUUUGACUGUGUGAAUGAGUGUGGAGCGCGUGUAAAUUAGCUUAGUUGCGCGGAAAUAUUUCGAAAAAAUAAAACAGAACAGUAACAGGUUCAUUAAUUGUGUAAAUACAAACUGCUAGAUUUAUAGGGCUCGCCGCUAUCCUUCGCGAGAGUUCUCGGACGCAAAAAAUGAAUAAAUCCUAAGGAAUGAUGAUUGUUUGUUACUUCAACCAGGAAGGCAAAGCUUUAUUUUGGCACCACCCUUUUCUUUUGUAUUGCUUCAUUGCUGCCGAUGUGAUUUUGUGAUUAUCUGCUUUUCUCCAGUUUUGUUCCGCUGUCAAAAUAAAAGAUGUAGAAGAAAAAAUGUACGUUUCUGUUACCCAACUAAAAGGCUACUUCCAUUCUAAACAUCUAAUGCUCCUAUUCUGAGCAGCAAGCAAAAUGCAAAUCGGAGAAAAAUAAACGCGUUGCAGCAUCAAUAUUCAUGUAACUGUUCGAAUAUUUUAUGUGGUUUUAUAAGCUUUUAAACUGGAUGAAAAUGAAAUACAAAAAGCAAAAUAAAUACAAUGUGGCUCGACGAUAUGGAAACAAUUGUGAGAAAACACGCUAUAGAAAAAAAAGAAUUUGUAUUUAAGAAAAAAAAAAAGGAAAAAAGAGAACAUGAUAACAGUAAAUAUUUAUU